AUGUGGUACGUUCUUGUGUUAUUUUGGCUGGUUUUACGUGGUGUAAAGUUAAAAGAAGGAAACCAAUUGAAACUGUUUUACGCGAGUACAAAGGUUCUCUGUCCACCGUGCUCUUAUCAAUCUCGCCGUGUAAUGAAACAUGCUACCCUACUUUCUGUCAAUCGAAUUAUACAUGGAUUUAUUCUGUUGCAACGAUCGUCCUUGCCCUUGAUGCUUAUCCUUUUGGCUAAUGACGUGGAAAUAAAUCCCGGUCCUAUUGAAAUCACCAGAACAUUUAACAACUUGAAAGUUUUAUAUUUAAACGCUAGAAGCAUAAAGUCAUUUGUCACAGUGGACAACAAUGUUUCGAACAAAGUUUGCAAAAUUACUCUACUUGAACAUUUAGUUCACGAAAAUGAUUACGAAGUUAUCUGUAUUUGCGAGACGUGGCUAAACAAAACAGUGCUUGACUCUGAACUUCUCCCUGGCUUUAAUAUCUUCAGGAAAGAUAGAAAUGGGAAGAUUGGAGGUGGUGUUCUUAUAGCAGUCAAAGAAGGAUUACAAGCUACUCGACGUUGUGACUUAGAGAGAGAUGAUGCUGAAUUCGUGGUCGUACAACUAAAUAAGGCGAACAAUUCAUCUGUAAUUCUGUAUACUUAUUAUCGACCACCUCAAAGUCGCUCGGACAGUCUUAAGCUCUUAAACGAAUCAUUGCUCCAGAAUCCAGAAUCUAGUUGCAUUGUGUUAGUUGGUGAUUUCAACCUCCCAAACAUCUCGUGGCCCGACGAUCAGUCUACGACCCCUAUAAACAAUAGUGGAGAUGCAAAUGGUGACGAUUUGUGCGAACUUGUAGCUGAUAAUUUUCUUCACCAAUUCAUAGAAGGCUCAACACAUCGUGCUGGUAAUAAACUUGACUUGUUAUUCUGUAACAACGCUGAAAAAUUAUCUGAUGUAUCAAUAUUUUCACCAGAUGAACAUAAUUUCCCCACGGAUCACUACAUUGUUGAAUUUAGUAUACGUAUGAAAUUCACCAGAGCUAAAUCUAUUCGUCGUGUUGUCUUUGACUAUAACAAAACUGACUUUUGCGCACUGCGUAAAGCUUUGUCAGAAGCAAACUUAAACAUUUCCCCUACAAAUAACAUCGAUGAAUGCUGGGAACAGUGGAAAGACACGUUUCUAUCUAUAGUGCAUAAAUUUGUUCCAACCAAACUUGUGCAUGAUAUCAACUCUCCUCCUUGGAUUGACGGUGAAGUUCGCCACCUAAUUCGUAAAAAGUACACUGCUCUUCGUCACUACCGAAAAAACAAGAUACCCACACGCAAGAUGAAAUUGCGAAGUUUAUGCCAGCAACAACAUCUCCCAAAGAAAAAGCACAGCUUUUUAACACCUAUUUCUGCUCUGUCUUUCGACCGUCCAAACCUACGGAGAUCCCUGAAGACCUUCCCUUUGCUUACGUCUGACUUGUUAUCUGAUAUCUCCAUCUCAGAAGAUGAAGUUGUCCACCAUCUCUCGAACCUGAUUCCAACUAAAUCUCCUGGUCCUGACAAAAUCCCCGGACAAAUUUUAAAGGAAUGUAGUUCUGUUAUCGCGCCAAGUCUCUGUUUACUGUUUAAUCACUCUCUGCAAUCUGGAACUUUACCCACUGAAUGGAAAUCUGCAAAUGUAACACCUGUCCACAAGAAAAGUAAGAAGGAACCUGCUACUAACUACCGACCUAUAUCCUUGCUUCCCAUUAUCAGCAAAGUCUUGGAGCGAUGUGUUUGCUAUCGUUUCCAAGAACAUAUUAAGGUUAUGAUUAACAAAGCCCAACACGGAUUUCUUCACGGACGCUCGUGUGUCACCCAACUUCUAGCAACCCUACAUCAUAUUGGACAAUUACUAGACCAUAACGUUCAGUCAGAUGUUCUAUUUCUUGACUUUGCUAAAGCCUUUGAUUCUGUGGAUCACGCCAUUUUAUUGAAGAAAAUCAAAUCAUACGGCAUAUCAGGCAACAUGUAUAAAUGGUUUACUGAUUAUUUACACGGACGAACCCAGCGAGUUGUCAUCGAUGGUGUAGCUUCAGAUUGGUCUCAUGUUACCUCUGGUGUCCCUCAGGUAGUAUCCUGGGUCCUAUUGUUCCUUUUGUUUAUAAAUGAUUUCCCUGACGCUAUUCCUCCAUCAACAUCAUCUGGCCUCUACGCAGACGACACAAAGCUUUACAGGGCAAUAACAUCACCCCAAGAUUGUGACCAACUGCAAGAAGCAUUGUCGUAUGCUGACGGUUGGAGCAAACAAUCGAAUAUCGACUUUAACGCGUCCAAAUGUAAAGUUCUGACAAUAACUCGCAGAAAACGUCCGAUUAUAAAAUACCAUCUUGGCUCGACUGAUUUGAUGCGUGUAGAUAGCGAAGCUGACCUUGGAGUCACCGUAACGAGAACAUUAUCUUGGAAUCUUCAUAUCAUCCAAGUCGUGUCCAAGGCGAAUAGAAUGCUGGACUAUUGCGAAGAACGUGCCCGUUGUUAA